UUUCAAUAAAGAAGCUACAGAACUUUGAGAAAACCAUGGAUGCUUAUGCAUUAACCGCUAGCUCCCUCUUGCUCACCAACGAGUUCGCGAUGCAUGACUUCAUUGAGCAUCCUAACUUCGAUCAAUUCGUUGAUUUGAUUCGAGGGGAGAGUGAAAAUUCCUAUGCGGGAUCGAAUUUUAGUUUUAUCAAUAACAUUGGAUGUUAUGUUGAUAAGCAGGUUGCCGCGGCCAUGCCAGGAGGAGACAUGUUUGACUAUCAUGGUGCCGGGGGCACUAUGGUGCCCGAUGAUAAUUACAUUUUCAAUACAAUGGGGAGUUUCACUGGGGAAAUGAACGGAGGGGAGGAAGAUGAAUCAGAUGAUGAAGAGGACGAGUCUUCUGAGACGACGACGACGAGGACGACGACAACAGAAACCAAGAAGAAGAAGGUUGACCGGUCGAAGACCCUGAUUUCGGAGAGGAAAAGGAGAGGGAAGAUGAAGGAGAAGCUCUAUGCGUUGCGAUCUUUGGUUCCCAACAUAACCAAGAUGGACAAGGCCUCCAUUAUUGGAGAUGCUGUUCUGUAUGUGCAAGAUCUGCAAGUGAAAGCUAACAUGCUAAAAGCCGACAUAGCGGGUCUCGAAGCAAUCUUGGCAAGCUCAGAAAUAUGUCAAGAAUCAAUGGAUAAUCCUAAAAACAUACAGUUUACUAUGAACAGACAGCCAGUUUGCAAAAAGAUCGAGCAGAUGGAUAUUUUUCAAGUUGAAGAAAAAGCGUUUUACAUUAAACUGGUCUGUAAUAGAGGAGAAGGAGUGGCAGUGUCACUCUACAAGGCCAUCGAGUCACUUACCAACUUCAAAGUUCAAAAUACAAAUCUGGCUACGGUUUUGGAUACAUUUGCAUUAACAUUUAGUCUAAAAGUCAGAGAUUCUGAGCAGGCUAUGAGCUUGCCAAAUCCGAAGCUGUGGGUGACUCGAGCUCUUCUCCAUCAAGGAUUUGAAUUUUUAGCUCCCAAUUUGUCUUCAUAAUUCUGUUCUCUUUAUUUUUUUUUUUCUUUGCUAAACUUAACUAUGCCUUGUAGAUAAAUCUACCGGCAUAGUUAACCCUGCAUAUAGAUCAUCACCUUCAAUGUAAUAGUACCUUGUUUAGGUUAGUCAAUUCUUGUGUACUUUUUCUAUUCUCUUGUUUCCUUGACCAUUUUCAUGGCAUUUCCCCUGUGAAAGGAUGGAACCUGUAGUAAUCAAACUUCCAUUCAUCG